AUGAGCGCGCUCGACAAGGCGCUCUUGCGCGAGGACCUGUCGGCCCCUGUGCCCAUCGCCAGCCUCGCCUCGCUGUCGCCCGCCCAACUCGCCCUCGCCAGCCUCCGGCCCGACCUCGACUUCCUCACCCGCCAGCGCGCCUAUGUCGAGUUCCUCGUGCGCCGGAGCGUCUACCGCAAGAGCACUCAAGGCGACUCGGACAAGCAGCCUCUCCUCGAACGCCCGCUCGACUUUGACCGCCCUGCCUCGCCCUCAACCCUGUCGAUCCCGGACCUCCUCCUCCUCCAGUUCAACCCGUCGUGCACCUCGGCGCACGAGGUCGACGCGGCGCGACAGCUCUUCUUCCGGCGAGCGCGCGACCUGCACGUCGAGGACGAGGCCGAGCGCCAACGGGCCCUGCGGAGCCUACGCGUCGAGCGCUCCGACCUGCUGUACGCCGGCGGCGUCCCGUCGUUCGCCCGAGGGCUGUCGCUCGAGGUCGAGGACCAUGCGCUCGUCCUCUGGCGCCCGGGCAAGGUCAUGAUCAAGGUCCAGUCGCAGCACAUCACGAGCUUGGACUACGCGACGACGGUCGACAGCAACGCGAGCGAGAACGACACGGACUGCGUGCUCAAGGUCAACGCGACGCAAGCUUCCCUCGCCGGCGACCUCCCUGUCCACAACGUCGACCUCAAGGUCCAGCUCGAGCGUGUCGGCGCGUCGAACCCGUGCUUCGAGAAGCUGCGGUCGUCCGGCCUGAGGUGGAGCGCCGUCGGAGCCUUUCCGGUCAACCUCGUCGAGACGCGCAUCACGCGAGGUCAGCCUGCCGCCGUCCCUCCCUACCCGACCCCGCCAACUCGCGCCAUGUCCCUCCCCGACGCCUCGCGCGACGGCAGCCCGACGCAGUGCCGCUCCACGACCGCCAUCUCGCCUGAAUCCUCGUCGACUAAGCGCCUGUCCACGUCGGACGAGCCGCAGCAGCAGCAGAACAAGCGCUUCCGCACGGCCGAGUCGGUCGAGCGGGAGAAGAACGAGGGCCUCUGGCGCUUCGUGUCCGACACGCCCGAGCACUCGAGCUGGCACCCUGGCCACCUCGUCCGCCAGCACGCCCUUUUGCGCGCCAUCAUGCCGAGCGAGCCGCGAGCGUUCCCCGACUUUCGCCUCGACGAGCUCGCCCUCCUGUCGCACGCCGUCGCACCCGCCUCGCUCCCGGUGAUCCCGCUCGACGCGCCGGUGCUCGACCCGUCGAUCAAGCACAAUCCGCAUGAGCGGCUCGCGCUCGAGCACAUCUACCGCGGCGUGCAGCGUCUCAGCCUCGACAUGACGCGGCUCGUCCUCCUCACCGACUCGUUCCCCCACCUUCAGCUGUACGCCCAAAAGGUCGCCAAGCUGAGCCUCGCCAGGAACGCCGUCCAGGAGGCGUACGACACGGUCGUCCUCGACCUCGAGCAGCGCGUCGCGGGGAAGGAGACGGACGACCCGGUCGAGAGCUUGCUCUACUCGGUCCGCAAGAUGCGGGACUCGGUCGACUUCUGCCGGCGCCACUUCUACCACGACGGCGCCCUCGUCCGCACGGUCCCGCCGUCUCUCACCGCCUUCAGCAUCGGCAAGGGCCCGCUGCAGCGCUUCGAGGCGGCGCUCAGGGACAUCGUCUCCUACGAGGAGGUGGCAGGGGCGAUUGGCUGA